AAACCCCCCCAAAACCUCAGAUACUGGCUGAGAUGAAGUGAAGAUGGAGUCAUCUCAGCCAGACGGGAACGACGGGAAAGACUGUCUGAAACUAAUGCGGCAGCAGCUCCAGGACGAUCUCCUCUCCUUCAAGGACACGCGUCAGCAGAUUCAGGACCGGAUCGAGAAUCGACGGCUCCACCAGCACCACCUCAUCUCCUCCCUCCAAUCCCUCGUCCCCAACCUCGUUUCCUCGCUCGAUCUCUCCCUCCAGCUCAUCUCUUCUUUCAACGGCCGAUCCUACAUUCCAAACCCUAACCAUAACCUUAUAAAUGCCUCCGAAAACCGAACUUUUACCCCUCGCUGCGAUCCAAAACUCCAGUCCCUUGCUGCCAAACCCUCGUCCGAUCCGCCUCAGCAACCCCGCCGAUCCGACGGUGAUAAGAAGCCAUUGGAUGACGAUGGAGAUGCGGAUCCGCUGUCUGUCGUCCGAUCCAUGGUCGCCUUCUGCCUGCUGGAGCGCGUCCCAUUCACGGCAGUCGGCUCGGUCGCGGUGCUCAGGAAGCUGGAGGGCGAUCCAUCGGCCACGCCGGCGGAGAAGGCGGCGCUCCUUGAGCUUGGUGGGGAGGCCGGUCCCAUCUCAGCUGUUGAGAUUGCGCUGAGAGCUAUUGCAGAGGGGAAUGCAGGGGUUGAGUUGGAGGAUUUUGGAGUGAGUGGUAAGUCUAUGGUUAUGGUUUUGGGGAUUGAUAGGAAUCGGCUGGUGAAGGAGCUGCCGGAGAGCUCUCAGCAGCCACCAGAAGGGAGUUUGCGUGAUGGAAAUCUGGUUCCGCCUCAGGGGGCACCAACAGCUGGGAUUGACGUAAAUGGAGGUGUUUUUGGGAUGGGAGGAGCAAUGCCGAGGUUGUCUCAGGAGAUGUGGCUUGGUCCUGAUCAUCAUAUGUCGGGAUUGCCGCCAAUGUUUCCGGGAUCUCCAGCGCCGGUGAUGGGCCCGAGGGGCGGGCAGAGGGUUACAGGCUUGAUGGGAAUUCCAAGAGUGAUUGCGCCUCUCCAUAGACCACCUUUGGGACCUACAUCAAUGGUCAGUCCAAACUCAACGGCUUUGAAGGCAAGCACUGAAGAGGAUGACAUGAAGGAUGUUGAGGCAUUGCUGAAUAAGAAGACAUUCAGGGAGCUGCAGCAGUCAAAGACAGGAGAGGAGCUCCAUGAUCUUAUCCACCGCCCCACUGCCAAAGAAACUGCAGUUGCUGCCAAGUUCAAGACCAAGGGUGGUUCUCAGCUGAAGGAGUAUUGCCUGAAUUUAACAAAGGAAGAUUGCCGGCGUCAGAGUGUUUUGUACACUGCAUGUGAUAAGGUUCAUUUUCGACGCAUAAUUGCUCCACACACUGAUAUCAGUCUAGGUGACUGCUCAUUUCUGGACACUUGUCGUCACAUGAAGACUUGCAAGUAUGUUCACUACGAGCUUGAUCCAACCCCAGAUAUGCCUGUGAUGGGGGCUACACCCCCACCAAAGCCAAUAAAGUCUCGGCGUGCUGAAUACUGUUCGGAAGUGGAGCUUGGUGAGGCUCAAUGGAUUAACUGCGAUAUUCGCACAUUUAGAAUGGACAUUUUAGGGCAAUUUGGAGUUAUCAUGGCAGAUCCACCAUGGGAUAUUCAUAUGGAAUUGCCAUAUGGUACAAUGGCUGAUGAUGAAAUGCAGAAUCUUAACGUUCCGGCAUUGCAGACUGAUGGACUGAUUUUUCUUUGGGUCACUGGACGUGCAAUGGAACUGGGGCGAGAGUGUUUAGAACUUUGGGGAUACAAACGCAUUGAGGAGCUCAUUUGGGUGAAGACCAAUCAACUUCAACGAAUUAUUAGAACAGGACGCACAGGCCAUUGGCUGAACCACAGUAAAGAGCAUUGCCUUGUUGGAAUAAAGGGGAAUCCAGAGGUGAACAGGAACAUCGAUACCGAUGUCAUUGUUGCAGAGGUCCAAGAGACAAGCCAUAAACCAGACGAGAUGUAUCCAAUGCUGGAGAGGAUAAGUCCAAGGACUAGGAAGCUGGAAUUGUUUGCUCGAAUGCACAACACGCAUGCUGGGUGGAUGUCACUUGGUAAUCAGCUGAAUGGCGUGAGGUUAGUCGAUGAAGGACUGUGAGCAAGGUUCAAAGCUGCUUAUCCAGAUGUGGAGGUACAACCCUCUUCCCCUCCCAGGGCUGCAGCCAUGGACGUUGAUUUGAAUGUCACUCAAAUGAGGGGUCCAUUCGUAGGGAUGGAAAUGAAGUUUGGGGACCCCUCACCUACUGAAGGAUAUGCAUCUGAAGAGAAGCUGACCAUGGUCCCUGAUGUUGAAAUGGCUGGUUGAUUCAGCCAUCUUUUUUGUAAGGUAGUGGUAGUCAUUAUUGUUGCCAUUAGUUGACAAUGGUGGUAUUCUCUGUACAGUAACUAGAGUUGCAUUGAGAUAAAAGAUAGAUUGUUAUUGUGUUGA